CCCUGUCCUGUCUGACUCAAAGAGCCACCUCCUCACCCCACUCCCCUACUCCCCUUGAACCUAGUCUUAGCCUCAGGCAUGUAAUGCUACUCCUUACACCUUCCACAAACAAUCAAAUAAAGCACUGUUUCAAUCAGUCUGCAAAAGAGGACCUUUUCUAAUCUUUUUACAUGUUCAGUUUCAACUCAAAAUCUAGUCUUCACUUAACUUAUUACUAACACUCACCUCACUACUCCAACAACCCUAAAAGGCCAAAAAACAACAAGUUGAACCCAAAUCUUACACAUUAAAUCUAGCAGCACUAGAUGGAUUUGCAGCAUCUCAAGCAGUGGCAAAAGCAUGAGUCAGAUGAGCAGUCAGACUCCACAAGAUUACUUCUGAAUGACUGUUACUAUCAGCAGAACCAUUCUAACUGUUCAGAACUUCCUUUGUUCACUUCACCUGAACAAUCUGCUACUAAACUUGACCUCCAUUCAGCACCACCUGCAUCUCAUAGCAGCUACUUUAGCAUGGCUCAGUGGCAAGAACUUGAAGUACAGGCUUGUAUCUACAGGCAUUUCAUAGCUGGAGCUCCUGUCCCUCCUCAGCUACUUCACUUGGUCAAGAAGAGCCUCAUUCUCAGCUCUCAUUCUUCUUCUUCAUAUUAUCACUCCUCUCCUUAUCAUUCAGCUUUGUUGCAAUCAGGAGGAUACUGGGGAAGAGGAGGGAUGGAUCCGGAGCCAGGGCGGUGCAGGAGGACUGAUGGGAAAAAAUGGCGGUGUUCGAGAGAUGUUGUGGGUGGCUACAAGUACUGUGAGCGCCACAUGCACCGUGGCCGCAACCGUUCAAGAAAGCCUGUGGAAACUCCCACUGCUCACUCAAAUGCUGCUUUUCCCCUGGAAGACACUAAUCAAUCCGUUGCAGCUCAGCCACCGACAGCCACUCCUUUUCGGCUUUCGGGGCCUUCACAUUCCUUUGAUUUGCUUCCUGUCAAUCACAGGCCCUGUGGAACUGUUAAUGAAACUAAAGGCUUAUAUGAGAUGCCUAAAAGGGAGUUGUCGGAGAAUAGUAAAUCGAGCAGCAGUCAGGUUCUACGUCCUUUCUUUGAUGAUUGGCCGAGGUCUCUUCAAGAAUCAGAAAGCCUGGGAACUUCACUCUCUAUUUCUGUACCUGGAAACCCCUCAUCAGAUGUUUCUCUAAAGUUGAACUCUUGUGGUGCUAGGGGCAGUCCUGGACCCGAAGGGCAUGUCAAAAGAGAGCAACUCCAGUCACAAUGGGGCAGCUCUAGUUCUCCUUGGGGCACAAACCAAAUGGGAGGACCACUGGCUGAGGCAUUAAGAUCAUCAUCGACAACAAUGUCCAUGGCGACAAGCGUCCUACACCAGCAGCGUGUGGCAGGGAACUAUACCAGCACCUGACUGAUCAUAGAUCAGUUGUAAUAUUUAUCUGUUCUGUCUUUCAACUACGUUGUUUAGCAAUCAGUUAUCAUCAACUGUAUAUGGAUAUUGCUUGUGUCCCUUAGUUUAAAUGUUUUUUGUAUUCGGUAGAGCA